CGUCAGGUGGGUUAAUAAUUCUAAUUGAAAAAGGCAAUUUGUAUGCGGCGAGUCCAAUCAGGCGGUGGCAAAGCGAGCAAAAGGCACUGUAUUCAGACAAAGCACUCAAUAUAAUUAAAUUGUCGACGAACCACCCAGCAGCACCACCAUUGCCGACACCUGAAUUAUCUAAACCGCAGCUGGAAGUGGAAGUAGUUGCAUAAUGCCACGGCUAUUCAACACGCGACGCCUCUUCCUGGGUAGCAUGAAAAGGGUCAGUCCCUGCAAGGGGAUCUCUCUGCUGCUCCUCGGCACCAUUUGUGUCCUGCUGAUGCUGCACCUAAAGGUUAAGAUGGACUCCCGGCUCUCGGGUCUGUCGAUAGCAAGCACUGCCCCACCGCCUCGAAUUUUUUGCAUAAUUACCUGCUUUAAGUACCGCCAUGACUACGCAGGGAUUCACGUCCAUCGAACCUGGGCCCAGCACUGUGAUCACUUUCUAUUUGUCAGCGACAAUGUCCACAACAUUCUGGAGCCGGCGGUGUUCCCGGGUUUGUACGACAAGUGGCAUCUAUUACGGGCUCAUCUGGAGUACGUCCACAACUAUCAUUUCCAUCAGGGAGAUUGGUUUCUUUACGCCAAAGAUGACAAUUUUGUAAUGGUGGAGAACCUCCGGGAAAUGGUAAAACCCUACAGCCACAAUGAACUCAUUUAUUUUGGCUGCAAAAUGAAGGACUCCAAUAGUUUGCCCUAUAUGUACGAAAAGAGUGGAAUAUUGUUUAGUGCUGCGUCCCUCAAACGUUUUGUCCUGGAAGCCCUGCCCAACGAAAGUAUUUGCACUUCUCAGGAAAGAGGCGAUAAAGCCACCGAGGAACUGGGCCGAUGUCUCGGGAAUGUCAAUGUUAUAGAUGGCGAUAGUCGCGAUGAGCAGCUAGGACACCGAUUUUUACCAUUCGACUCGAAAAUACAUCUGGGGAGCAAAUUAAACGAAUCCAUGAGCGAUCACAAAGAUUUUUUAGAUAACUCAUAUUAUCCAGUAAAGGAUAAUCAAAUACCUAUGUCCAUAAAAUUAGUUUCCCUUCCCUUGGAUGAAAUACGCUUUAUAUACGACUUGUAUUAUUUAGCAUAUAUUGUUCGAAUUUUCGGAGCUCCCAUUCGAAGCUCCAUAGUGGAGCCACAAACAUCUAAACUUUUGUAUGAUGUCGAGUUGUUGUUGGAAUCUUAAAACUGUUAAUAUUGGAAAGUUAUCUACAAAGUCAGAUGCAAAAAAGGUAUCUCAGUCAAAUAAACUUACUGACAAACCUAUAUAAUGGCAAGAUGAAUUUCUUAACAAUAAAAAAUUAAACACUA